AGGCAGUUUCCAUUGUCUUCCGUUGCCACGGACGAUUAUUUGGCUGCAGGCUGAGAGUGGAAGGAGAGGAGGGAAAGAGCACCUAUGGAAAGGUUCCCCCAGAAAAAACUGCCGGCUGCUGUAUAUCUCAGGCCCCGGAAUGGCAUCGCAAUUGGAGACGGCCGUGGACACCAUCAUCUCCGUCUUCCACAGCUACUCCGGCAAAGAAGGCGACAAGUAUAAGCUGAGCAAGAAGGAGCUGAAGGAGCUGCUGCAGAAUGAGCUGGGCGGCCUCUUGGAGACCCAGAGAGAUCCGGAGGUGGUGGACAAGAUCAUGCACGAUCUGGACGAGAACGGCGACGGGGAAGUCGAUUUCCAGGAGUUCAUAAUCCUGGUGGCCGCCUUAACCGUGGCCUGCAACUCUUUCUUUUCGGAGGAAACCUGAGCUUGCCGGCGGCCCUUAGCGGGAUCGCAAAGCUCGGGAGUUUUGGGGGGGGCUUCAAGCCCAGCUGUCCCCUUCGCAACGCCUUUUCCCCCGUUUCUCGCGGCUUCUCUGCCCAACUGGGAGCACCCCGAGGUGCCAUGUAAUCGUCUGCUGGGACAGCCCUGCUGCUGAUUAAAGCUGUUUAGUGUGCA